AUGGCGCCCGUCCCCGACACUCCCAGAACGCGCGUGCGAAGCUCUGCCCGGCCCCCGAGACGCCACAUCUCCGACUCGGCGCCGCCCAAGAAGAAGCUGAAGUACAUCCCCGGCGGCCCAGGCGGCGGGGGCCGAUACGUCGACGACGCGGGCAUCGAGACGCCUGUAGGCGGCACUGGACCGGGCGGCUACGCAUACACAGGGCCCCGCGGCCGCAUUGGACGGCUCAACGCCGAACGACAGGGCCUGCCCGUGCCCGCGCCCUCGCCCUCCUUCUCGCGACCGCGACGCGAAGCGAGGCCGUCAGCUGGACCGCGAUCCAGCUCAGCCGCCGCAGUGGCCGCCGCCGUCGCCCAGAACGAUGGGUACAAGCCGCGCGAGGAGCGCAGCUGGGACGAGUUCCACCCCGACCUCGACAUCGACGUCGAGUUCCCCGUCUACAGCGCCGAGCAGAUCGACGGCACCAACCCGCACGACACUGCCCCUGACACUCUGCUGAACGGCGCGUCUACCGGCCAGUAUGCCGUCGACACAGGCCUGUCUGCCGUGCUGGACGGCCUCCGCGCGCAGCAGAUGGAGAAUGCAGAGCAAGACAUGAUCAACGCAGGUCCGCUAAACGGCCUGGACGCGCUUGUCACCCCCAAACGACGUCCCGGGCGUCCGCCCCGAAACAAAGACUCGAUGCUUGCGGGACUCGGAUCGCCGCCCCGUCCACGGAUCAAUCCCCUUCCGACUAUGAACCCGAGGGAGAAGCUGAACCUGCCCAAGCCCUCUGUGCGCCAAGUCGAUACUUUCAGGGCACACGAGCAGAGCGAGGGCGUCAAGGUCAACUAUGUCGAUCGAACCAUGGCGAGCAUCGGCUACCAGGAGAGUGAGAUAUUUGCAAGGCCUGAGAACAACCUGAUACGCCUGCCUGAAGGCUCCAUCGAAGAAGAUCUGGACCUGACCCUGCAGACCGAGAUCGACAAUUCCACCGUUACAGUCACCGUGGGCCGCGUGGAAUACGAUAUGGACGAGCAAGACGACAGCUGGCUGGAUGCCCUCAACCUACAACGAAAGGAAGAGGGCACGCAUCGUCCACGGUCAAGUAGUGCAGCCGCAGUCAACGGCGAGCCUGCUCCAGGUGAAGAACAAGACACAAAAUGCGCCAUCUGCGACGACGGCGACUGCGAGAAUACCAACGCUAUAGUGUUUUGCGAUGGUUGUGAUCUUGCAGUGCAUCAAGAAUGCUACGGUGUUCCAUUUAUCCCAGAAGGGCAAUGGCUCUGCAGACGAUGCCAGCUAGUGGGGCGCGGCACCCCUGCAAGUGAGCUUCCGGGCUGCAUAUUCUGUCCAAACGUGGAUGGUGCUUUCAAACAAACGACUGCCAUGAAGUGGGCUCAUUUGCUGUGCGCCAUGUGGAUUCCCGAAGUUUCACUCGGUAACGUGACUUUCCAAGAGCCAGUGCAGGACGUCGAGAAAGUGCCCAAAACACGCUGGAAACUGUCAUGUUACAUAUGCAAGCAGAAGAUGGGCGCGUGUAUUCAAUGCGGGCACAAGUCGUGUUUUGAAGCAUUUCACGUCACUUGUGCUCGCAGAGCGAGGCUGUGUUUACGGAUGAAGUCGUCGCAAGCGGCAAACCCCCAAGAUUCUACCGUGCUCAAGGCCUAUUGCGACAGGCACACUCCUUCCGACUGGAGGCGAGAGAACGACGUCGAAGGGGCGGUUGCUGACGCAAAGACCUACUUCCGGCACACAUUGCGCAAUGUCCGAUGGCCUGACAGCCAGGCAUUUGCUUUAUCAAUCGGCUCGUCCAAUGCCAUGCAUUCGAUCGAGGGAGUGGACGAGGACGAUACCCCCGGCAGCAACAAGCGCAAGCGCGGGCAGCCUGCGAAAUCCUGGCGAUUACCAUCUGGAGCACCCGUCGUACCGCAGGCUGUCUACCACAACGUUGAGAACUCACUCAUCAAGUUCAACGUUCGUAAACGAAAGGAGUUUGUGCAAGAAGCUUGCAAGUACUGGACACUGAAACGAGAAGCACGUCGCGGUGCUGCUCUGCUGAAGCGUCUACAGCUGCAGAUGGAAGCGUUCUCGUCUAUGGAAAUCACCCGCCGUAACUUUGCGGGUAUGGGGGCUGCCGGUCGACCUCGGUUACAGCGACGCAUUGAAUUUGCAGAACGCCUGGAAGAAGACAUGGAACAAAUUCGUGUUCUCUGCGAAAAGGUCAAGCAGCGAGAGGAGGAGAAGCUCAAAGAUGCCUUGAUUCUGAAAGAGAUCAUCGACUGCAUCUACUUUCCCAUUCCGCGCCUCCUCGAGCCCAUUCUUCAGAAAGUGGCAGGAUUUGACAAUCGCGGCGUUUUCACCGAAAGCCUUAGCGGUCUACAAGCAAAACUUGAUGAGAGGUUUUAUUCGUCUGUACAAGCCUUUAACGUGGACCUGGCAGCAGUGCUAAGUGGCAUCAUUGACUUCACUGCUCCUGUCACUACAAUUGGAGAUGCUGAUCAACAGAUGAACCAAGUAGCUCAUAGCACAUUGACAUCCGAGCAAAAAGAGCAGAAGAAGUUAGUCAGGCGCAUCACCAAAGGCGUGCAACCACUCUUUGAGGAGGCUAUGCGCAAGGAAGCAGAACUGGCCGGCAGACCAUACGAGAAAUUGCCAGAUCUCGAGACCCUUCUCAACCAGAAACUCCUACGCAGGCCGAGCGCACUUUCUGCCGACGAAGGCAUACGACAGACGACCGAAUCCGAUCAACCUGAGAAUGAUUUGACUGAGGAGCAGACGCCGAGCAAAGAAACUGAGCAUGCGUUUCAUAGGGCUGAGGAAAUGCAACUUGCACCUACUCCGGAUGACAAUCCAGCUGAUCCCCACCAAAGCGCGCAUGACGAAGCGGCGGAUGAAGCUGCUAUCGCGGCUCAGCUUGGGCAAGACACAUCACGCGUUCCUAACGGAGAGACUCGCGGUGAUGCAAUGGACAUGGACCGAGAAGAGAACAACGCUCGUACGGAACCUCUCACACCUCCUAGGUCUGAGAAGAAUCUGCUGAACCCUCUGGGCAACGGCGGCAUACCUUGGUAUCUCGAAGCGUUUGACAUCCAUGGCACGACCGUUCACGAGGAGCGGUACACUGGACGCGAAGUGCUCAGGGAUAUGAGUGAGGAGCUUAGUGAGCUAGAUGACGAUAUUCUCGACGGACUUGCAGAGUCGGAUCCUGUUCGACCGACAGAUGCUCCGGACGCCACGUCAGCGGAUGUUCAAAAGGCAGCUGCCCGGAGGAGGCAGAGGAGGCGCGGCUAUAGAUGA